GUCAGCUGCGACGGCGCGAGCCUGACCGCCGAGGCUGUGGAGGACAUCGUGCGACGAGUUCGCGCGGUCUCCUGCGUGUGUGAGCUGACCUGCAGCACGUCCGAUCACGACUUGCACUUAGUGUUGCUGACGACGGGCGCCAUCUGUGCGGGAAGGCCGCUUUUGGUGCGGGAGUUGUCGAGUAACUUGACCCUUGGUAGGCCCGUGGCCAUCAGAUACCCUGGCGAGGACCUUUGGCACGAGAGGAUCCUGAUAGGACCUGGACAUCGAGAUGCCGCGGGGGAAGUUACCAACUGGUGGAUCGUGACACCAGAUGGGGACUUCUACGAGGAAGACAUCUCCAUGGAGGCCCAGCAGGCCGUGGCACGGAUGCGAUCUGCGGGACAGGAGAUCCCCGACCUGCCGUAUUUCGUCAACGCGGACGGUGCCAUGGAGCCUCUGGGCGGGGUCGGCCGCCGACGUCGGCGCGGCGGGCCUGCAGAAGGCGAGGCUGUGGCUGCCGCGGGGCUUGCUCUAGUUGGGGGCACCGCGAUCCCCGACACUCCGCUGCCCGUCGACCUGGAGGCGGCCGAGGGCGCUGGCGGGGCGGCCGCGCCUGGGGCUGCGGCGCCCUACCUGGCCGUCCUGCCCGAGCGCCCCGCGCCUCGCGAUGGCCUGGUGUGGCUGGUGACCGAGAGUGCCGAUGGGCACGAGACGGUUGGCAUGGAGGUGACCCCUCGCGCCGGCGACGUCAUCAUCACGUCAACAAGCGGCCUGGCGCUAAGGCAUGUGAGUUUCUUGCAGGUGCAGGUGCAGGUGCAGGUUGUCUUGGGCCACGCCACUUGUUGCGGCCUCGUCGGACGUGAGACGUUGACUGUGUUCGCGACUGUCUGCCCGUUCAUCCGGCGGCACUACGACCGACCUGCCCCUUUUUGGCCAUCGGUUGCCGACGAGUUGAGGGCUUUCGCGGGCUUGAUGGUGCUGCUUGUGUCCAGCUGGGAGUCCGAUUGGAACCCACUGGUCGUGGCGACGGACGCCUCGGAGACGGGCUACGGAAUUUGUUCGCGCUGGUUCGACCCUGCAACGGUCGCCGCGGUAGGCCGCUGCCGCGAGCGCGACCGCUACCUUGCGGAGGGCCACGUGGGCACCCGUGCCGCCGCGCUGGGCGCUGACAUGGCCUGCGGGGAGCCUCUGCUGGUGGACGGCUGUUUGGGCCGAUCAGAUCUCCAGCCCGACCCGCGUUGCGCGGAGGUGCCGAGCUACAUGGCCGAAUCCGCAGGAUUGGGCGUGGUCGGCGGCUGGAAUUUCAACGCCG